UAGAAGCAGCAUUUAUUACAUAUUUCUCAGUGAAGCUAAACACUCCUAUUAUACAAUUUGAUCACAAUAUACUAAACACUCGGCAUUUCAAAUUAUUAUAACAACACAAAAAUAGAGGUUAUCAAGAAAGGUAAAUGGGGGUGAGUCCCUUCAAUUUCCUAUUCUGAUUGGGAAUAAAAGGGUUAGUCUGAUAUUGCCUAUGAAACAGAAAAACCUGGGAAAACCUUAAUCCCAAUUUGAGUUUCUAUGGGAGAAAUAUAAUAAAAAUCUAUAAAAAGGUAAUGACAGAGCCUCCAUUCUUCAUUCUGCUUUGUGCUUUGCAUAUUACCAGCUAUUGUUACGGCGCCAUGGAAGAGGGUGAUGAUAAAAACAAAGCUAUCAUUCCCUACAAUUCUACUUUCUCGUGCAUGACCAUGAACACCAUUCAGGACGAUAUCAAAACGUUGUCUCUGUUUCCACAAUUUUCAGAUAACAGUGUUAUAAAGGCAGAACCAAUUGAUUAUGCUUAUCCUCAUGAGUCGUCAUCAACAAAUUCCACUACUGCUAGUAAUUUCUCAUGCAUCUCCACCUUUGACGACAAUCACUACGACACCAAACUCCCCACUUUGUCUCUGUUUCCACAAAACCAAGCUGCUUCUAAACCCAGAACAUUGUCUCUCUUUCCAGAAUUUUCAGAAAACCUAGCUACUGCUUCGAAACACUUUGUAAAUAAUUAUCCUCCGUCAUCAACAUCAUCGCCGCUGCCUUCAACUGAUCUCUGUCUUUCUGUACCAGGUACAAUACCCGAAACCUCGACGCUGCCCUCCAAUUCUAAUUCCCCGAAUAUCAUUAAUCAAGAUUCUUGUGCCUCCAAAAGGUUGUUCCAUCAACCUAAUAUCGGUCCUGUUUUAAAAAGAAAAGGAGAAGAUCGGAAACUUGUUCCUAUCAAGAAACGGCGUUUACUUUUACGGCCGGUGGCCCCUGCGGCAGCAGCGGCGGUAGAGGAAGAGCACUGGAUAAUUAAGAAGUUGACAAAGAGUGAUGUGAAUGGAUCUUCAAGGCUUUUGUUGCCGAGACAAGAGGUGACGACUUACGUUAUACCUUAUUUGGAUGAACAAAAGGCUACAGAUUGCCAAAAGUUAUGUGGAACUGAUGUUAAUGUCUGGGAUUUGGAUACACAAUCAGAGUAUUCUUUGACGCUGAAGAAAUGGGCAACCGAUAGUUUUCAACUCAUCAAAAGCUGGACCCCCUACUUUGUCAAGAGAAGGAAUUUAAAAGAAGAUGAUGUGAUUGCGCUUCGUUGGGAUCGAAACAAUUCAAGAUUUUGCUUCCGCGUUCGAAGUAGGCAUGAUCAUCAAGUGGAUAAUGAAUGA